AUGGCACAAUCUCGUCCCCCGCCGGGCCGCCCCUACGCCGCCGCUACUUCUCCGCCGCUGUCCCCUCGCACCUAUACCGAGAAGAAACAUUCCUCGAGGAGGAGAUCCGGAAAGGACGUGGUAGUGAUAGUGAGCGAGAAGAAGGCUCUGCGGCCCGCCGCUGUGACGCGCAAGACGGCUGCCGUACAUCCCAUCCGAGGCGGCGGCUACAACAGCAGCAGCAGGAGUCAGAAGGAGCAGCACGAAGAUGAAGGUCGCGAUAGUGGGGAGAGCUUCCUCCAGUUCUGGUACGUCUGUCGCUCUGUUGUCAUGGGCGCAGGAACGAGGGCAAUCGUCCCCGUGGGGGAUGCAUACCGUCCCAGAUCCCUUGCCUUGCAUGAUUGCCCUACCUCCCUACCUACCUGCGACCCUACCCGAGCACAGCCAACUGACAAGUCAUAUAGCAUGACCUGCGAAAAGCAAUUCCUGCCCGCCGACAACCUCGUCCUCUACUGUUCCGAUUCCUGCCGCGUCCACGACCAAACCUCAUCCAACCAGACCUCCUACUACCCCUCCUCCUCCUCUCCCCCCCUCACCCCCUUUGCCCGUCACUUUUCCUCCUCCCACGACGACGGCCCAGACAUCAUCCCGCCCUUCUCCCCCACGCAGUCUCGGCCGCGCUCCUACUUCAACUCAGACCCCUACUCGGAGAGCCCCUCGCACCAAUACUCGGCUUCGCCCCCACCCUCCGAAUCCCAAUCGACGCGCUCCACCUCCUCUACCGCCCUCGACUCCCUCCGCACCCUCGCCACGGCCCUCCCUAGAUCCCCCCCCUCACACGCCCACUCGCGCGCCCACCCCUCCUCGCCGCCCAGGUCCGCCGCCUCUUCCGCCUCUUCCCUCGCCCGCUCCAGCUCUGGGGUCUGGGACUACAUCCCCUUCACCGGCAGCAAGGUCACCAUGCCCACCCCCUCCGCGACGCCCGGGAAUUCGUACUCGCACAUGAGUGCUGCCGGGACGAGUGCGAGCAGUGGGCGGAGCAGGGAGGACCUGUACGCGUAUGGGAAGAGCCAGAUGGCCGGUGGCGGCGGUGGUGGCGGCUAUGGGAGCACGGGGGGCAUGGGCAUGGAUCGUCCGCUGCCGCCGCGGACGGGGCCGAGUGGGUACGGGCACCGCCCGAGGAGUAUCGAUCUCGUGACGCCGCUCGCGGGGUAUUGA